UCAUCUUCUUCUUCUUGCUUUAUCUAACCCUAAAAUCUACAAAAUGUAAAUGUUAUCAAAGCACAAACCUGGGUAGGUCUCAUUGUUGAGUGCAUCAUUCACGUCGUCGUCGUCGAUGGUUGGUUCCGUCAUCAUCGUUCGUUCGUUCCUCCAUGUUUGUGUAAUCGCACGAUGAGUUUUGUAUUGUGGUAGUCUUCGUUCGUCGCCAUGGUGGAUUUCAUGCCCGGCGGUUGUUGUUUGAUCAUUGGUUGAUCGUUGGUGUUCAGAGUGGUUGCCGUACGAUUUGAGGAAGAAGAAAGCGGGUUAACCCGCCCGGUUGUUUGUACCAGCAAACAUCUGGGUUUUAUUCGAACCGAUUCUGAUCCAUCUCAUCACCUUGUUUUGCCCAACCCAGUUCAGGUUCUUUUCCUACCAUUUCAGUCUUUGUCCCCAAUUUUAAAUUGUUUUUUUUUUCUCUAUCAUGUCAUUCAAUUGUGACCCAUUUUCAUCCACAACCUCGUUUGACCUUCCCAUGACCUUCAAGUUUAAUGGCAAAAACUACAACCUGUGGGCCAAAUCAUUUGAGAUUUUCCUCAAAGCUAAAGGCCUUGGCAGCCAUUUGAUCGAGGACAAACCAAAUUCAAGUGAUCCAAAUUUAGGUACAUGGGAGCAACAUGAUGCUCAGACAAUUUAUUAUAUGUUAAGCAGUAUUGAACCUCACAUCGGCGCCAACUUAAUUCAUCUCAAUUAUGCCAAGGACAUCUGGAACCGCCUAAAGCAAUUGUAUUCUAGGACGGGCGAUGUCAGUCGCAUCUACGAGGUGGGCAAGCAGUUUUUCAGCCUCGACCAAGGUAAUCAGAGUUUAGAAGAAUAUUUUUCAAAAGUAAAGAGAAUUUGUGAUGAAUUGAACAUGUAUCAACCCCUCACUUGUGAUGUUCAGCGAAUGCAACAGCAACGCGAGGAUUUCAAUGUUAUUCGGUUUCUAACUGGUUUGUCACCGGAAUAUGAGCCUAUUCGUGCACAAAUUUUGGAUGGUCCUAGCCUUCCAUCUCUUACUGAUGUAUUUCGUCGACUCCAGCGAGCUACUCAAUCUAAUGGUGCCUCCGGUGUCCAUAAUGAUAAUGGUGGUGACAGUUCAACAUUAACGGUCUCUCAGGGUGGACCCAAUAGUUUUCGAAGAGGCAGAGGGAGAGAACCCCUAAGAUGUACUCACUGCGGUCGCCCUAAUCACACUGUGAAUUAUUGUUGGGAUCUUCAUGGUAGACCAAAAUUAUCUGGCUAUGCAAAUCAGGUGUCCAAUAAUGAGGAUGCUACUAGUUCACCUGCUCCGCUCACUUGUUCUCCCCAGGCUGCUGAGUCUGAUAUGAUCACUAUCACGCGCGAUGAGUAUGAUCAACUUAUGUCUCAGCAACAGCCACUCUCCUCGUCUUCCAUGGUUUUCUUCGCCCAAUCAGGAUCUCAAGAUGAAGAAGAAGAUUGGUACGUGAGACAAGGGAGAUAAAAGUAGGUGGUUUGUAUUACUUGGAUUUUGAGCAUCACACCCCCAAAGCUCUUUAUAUCUUCAUUUAUGUGGAAGAGUAAAAGGCAAAUAGUGAUAGAAACUCUUUAGUUAUUUAGAUCUUCGUUUAAGUGGAAGAGUAAAAAGCAAAUAGUGGUAAUCAAGGUUUGGUGCUAAAGCUGAGAACAGAGGAAGAUAGCUUACACAUCUAGUGAGUUAAUAAGGCAAUUCAAAUUCCUUCUCUGUUAUUUUGUGAUAAUCGAGCACCUACUCAUGUUGCCUUUAAUUCAGUGUUUUCGUGAGACGGCUAAACAUAUUGAGGUUGACUCUCACAUUAUUCAAUACAAUAUUGAGCCUAAAUUUUUUUGGCUGAUAUGUUCACCAAGUGGGCCUGAAUUAUAGAUAUUCUCUAGCUUGGAGAGUGUUAGAAUAGUCAUAUUGGGGGCAUACAUGUAGUUAGAUUACCCAAAGAGGUAUUUUAUUCUCUAAUCUAUUUGUAUAUGUGUGUGAGAGAUAUUAGGCUGAGGAGAUAUCAGUUUUAUUCUCCCGCGCUGUUCUCUCAUUUUCUUUUCCUCCCUUCCCCUUCAUCUUCUUCCUUGAUCUAACCCUAAAAUCUACUGAACCAAAUAAUCAAUUAAAUUUGAAAUUUGAAAUUUGA